AUUUUUUCCUUCUACUUACCACGGAGAAGCCAGCCGCUUGCCCUGAGCAGUCCAAAACAGUUUGCGCCCAGUGGAGAAUGAGCUGCAGUCGUGCGACUGUUGUUGCCAGUUGUGCAAGCUAGAGAUGUAGCAUCUUUGCAUUUGCAAUAUGAAGAAUGGAAGAAGACGAUGUUACCAUCAGAGAGCAGAAUUUUCACAGCCAAGUUCGAGAGUACAUCAUUUGCUUCCUCCUGUUUGCCGUCCUCUACAUCGUGUCCUACUGCAUUAUAACCAGAUACAAGAGGAAAAGCGAUGAUCACGAGGAUGAAGAUGCCAUUGUCAACAGGAUAUCAUUAUAUUUGUGCACCUUCACGCUGGCUGUGUCCGGCGGUGCCGUCUUCCUGCUGCCUUUCUCGAUUAUUAGCAACGAGAUCCUCCUCUCCUUCCCCAGGAACUACUACAUCCAGUGGCUCAAUGGCUCCCUCAUUCAUGGUCUGUGGAACCUUGUGUCGCUGUUCUCCAACCUCUGCCUCUUUGUCCUGAUGCCGUUUGCCUAUUUCUUUUUGGAGUCUGAGGGAUUCGCCGGAUCAAAAAAGGGCAUAAAGGCACGCAUCCUGGAGACGUUUGUGAUGCUUUUCCUCCUGGCUCUGCUCAUUCUCGGCAUUGUGUGGGUGGCAUCAGCCCUGAUUGACAACGAUGCAGCCAGUAUGGAAUCCCUCUACGAUCUUUGGGAAUUCUACCUGCCAUACCUCUAUUCCUGUAUAUCCCUGAUGGGAGGGCUGCUUUUGCUGAUGUGCACUCCUGUGGGGAUGUCCAGGAUGUUCACCGUCAUGGGCCAGUUAUUAGUGAAACCGACAAUCCUGGAGGACCUGGAUGAGCAGAUUUACUGCAUCCAUUUGCAGGAGGAAGCCCUUCAGAGGAGAUUAAACGGAUCAUCUUCACACACCUACAUCCGAGGGAGCUUUACUUAUCAACUCACCAAAGAACUGGACAAUGUUAGAAAUCAGAAGAACAAACUGGAGAGAAGAAAGAAAGCGUCGGGAUGGGAGAAGAACUUGUUGUAUCCCACUGUGAUGCUGAUCCUGCUCGCAGGAACGAUAAUCUCCGUUAUUAUGGUGGCGCUGAACAUCCUCUACCUUCUAGUGGAUGAGACGGCCAUGCCCAAAGGAUCCACAGACCGAGGCAUCGGGAACACGUCUUUGUCCACGUUUGGCGUGGUCCAGGCGGUGCUGGAGAUCAUCCUGAUGUUCUACUUGAUGGUGUCUUCCGUCGUUGGGUUCUACAGCCUGCGUGUCUUCGAGGGAUUGACUCCCAGGAAGGAUGACACCACCAUGACAACGGUAAAGAUGGGCCAGAGUGCGUGCCAAGGCGCUGAAAUCACUCCAGAGAUCAUCGGCUGCUGUGUGUCCAUCUUGGUCCUGAGCUCAGCUCUUCCUGUGAUGUCCAGAACCCUUGGUAUCACCAGGUUUGAUCUCCUGGGAGACUUUGGGAGAUUUAACUGGCUGGGAAACUUCUACAUUGUCCUCUCAUACAACCUGCUUUUCGCUGUUGUGACGACGCUUUGUCUUGUGAGGAAGUUCACCUCGGCGGUGCGGGAGGAACUCCUAAAGGCCUUGGGUCUGGAUAAAUUGCAACUGUCAAACAGCCCCGCAGACCCCGAAUCUGGGAAGCUCUCGGCCAAUGGGCAUCAGAAAACUCUGUGAAAGGGACGAUGGAUCAGCACACACACACACACACACACAUGCAAGCAGAGCCACGGGGAGAUUUCAACAGUACUGCCUGAGUGCUGAAAGGAGAAAAGGAUAGGAAGGAACUUAAUAAACCCAGGCAGUGGCUGACUGUUGCCGCAAAUGGAGGCUGAGAGAGCAAUUUAGCUUCGUGACAUUCCAUCCUCUGCGUCUCUGAUGGAAGCUGGGACAGAGCCAGGCCAGAGGAGUGAAAAAGACUGGGCAUCAGUGUGCUGACCUUGAUGCUAACCUCAACCUCGACUGUGACUUUAAAACUACCCAUCUCCUGCAGCUGGGGGCAUUCUUGCGCCCCGGCAUUGUCACCUUAUUUCAUUCUGCAACUUCUACCUUUUGCACUAGAAAACAGCAGAUGCGCCUUCUGCUUGGUUCCGCUGCAUCGAAGUCUUAAAUCGGUCUCUGUGUUCAGUUGCUGAAUUGGACCCCAAUAGCUCAAUUAGAAAUUUGUUUAAAAUGUUUGUUUUUUUUUGUUAUUCAUCUAAGUGAGAAACUCAAAAUAAAUGUAAUUUAUUUUUUACUGUCUUGAGAAGAGAUGCAAGAAUGACAGGUUCCCAAUUUUUUUUUCCACCCUUAAGCUCAAAAGAAGAAAAAAAUUGCAAAAUAAUACCUUAUGAAGCAUGACGACUCAUGUUUUAUUGCCACUCAACGGAGCCAGGGCAGAAUGCUGCACAGUAUUGUGGGUUGCAUUAUAUGCAUUGCACCGUUCAGGUCUCAUAUUGUAGUAUUUCUGCUGUCAUAUGUGUUGUUGUUUUUUUUUAAAUCUGGCUUUAUGCAAGUGGGAUUUAACUUGUUGAUGUCAGUCUCUAUAAAGAAGGAUACAUUUAUUUUUUUGUUUUUUUAAAAGUUGCUCCAGAUUUUGAUUUAUGCUUAUCAGGAAUUUGGGUUUUUAACUGAGCCAGAUCUCACUGAGCAGAACACUUUAGUGCAUCUAAAGGGAAUCUAUUGUUGUUGUUUUUUUUUAAUAAUUAGUGAACAUCUUAAAUCAUUAUUAAUUUGCUUUAAAAAAAAUAAAACAGGCACAGAGAACCGUGCGUUUGUAAAGUUUUGAUUUACAUGUACAUAGUAUUUUGUUUCAUACUUUUAUUCCAUUGUUUAGAUGUAAAUAAUCGGUUUUCACUGAGCCCGUUGAAGGCCUGACAGACUAAGCAUUUUCAUGGUCUGUUUUAAAUUAUUUUAGUACUAUAUGUGUCCCCAUAAAUUUCAGACACCAAAGGCUUAGGAUGCACACAGGUAUGUGUCUGCAUUGAUCUCAUCCUCUGCAGAAACACGGAUGGACUUGCAUCUUGUCCACCUAAAGGCUGAGGGAAGUGGACGAUACAGAUUAUUUAACAGUGGCGAGGGAGGGCACUGUCGACAACUUUUUGGUUGUGAAACAUAAUUUAAAUACGUCAAAGAAGUGCAAGUAAGAGCAGGUUUUGCUGCAGGACCAACGUCGACUCCAUCACUAGACCACUUUGUGCUCUGAAUUCGUGGAAGCACCAGAAUCCAGCCAGCUUUUGUAGCCAAGAGAAAGACUUGGCAGCUCAGGUGUCCCUCUACGUUUUCUUGCAUUGCUGCGUAAUCUUCUAAACUGUGAUUUUUCUUUGUCUUCACAAUCACCUCGAAUGCCUUAUGACAAACAUCUUGUAGGCUUUACGCAACGGUAGUUGGUCUCUCCUCACAGCGGCACUGUGCUCCUGUCUGCCACAGAGUUUCUGCUUCAAAGCCAGCUAUACGUUAUAAACUUUUUUUUUCUUUCUCACGAUUGAUGCUUGUUGAAGCAGCUUUCAUUUCAUCAGCACUUUUUUGCAUGGUUGGAAUGAUUCUGUUAUCUUGAGUGAUUUUUUUUCUUUCUUUUUUCUCUCUGUCAUGACACAAGAAGACAUCUGAAGUUAUAUAUGCAUUCAAGACUGGAAAAAAAGAAAAUGCACAAUUCUCAUUUUCUAAACACUGGCAACAUUAUGCAGCAGAUAUGAGAAUAUUACAUAAAGGGCAUACAGUGAUAUUUCUAAAUCAUAAUGAAGAAGUCUGUUUUUCUACCACCAGAUGUAUGAAUGUAUUAUGUUUGUAUUUGAUUGGCUCUAAGAUGACACUAAAACUGGAAACUGACAUAAAUUCAUUAAGGGAGACAGUUGAAUGAUUUAAAGUCAAGAUUUUAUUGUUUUGUGUGUUCAGAUGUAGUUUAAAGGAGCAUUAGCGUUAAAAAAAAACAGUUGGGUCAAAUUCCCUCAACUCAAAAAAUGUGUUCUUUCUGUUCAUUAGUAAGGGGGGGAAAAAAAUCUAAAUAUUGGACCACUUUUCAUUUUAAAGGCCUUUUUUUCUGGUUUUACAGUACAUGUCCUCUUGCGUGUGUAUAUAAAUGGAGGGUGUCAGGGUUUGGACGUUCUGUGCUGCAGGUGUAGCUUUUAUUUCUGUCCAUCUGUCGAUAUCUGCAUGUAAUUUUGGUACAUGUUUUGUGAAUGUAUUUUUUUACGAUUUCUCAGUUUGAUAAAUGGUAUUUUUGUUGUUUGUGUGUUUGCAAAUAAAAGUAAAAUGUUUACCAGC